CAAUCAGAGGUUCUGGAUGCCAUUAAGCGGCAAACCGUUGCGCUCAGUCACUGCUAUCAGGCUUGCAUGGCGGCAAUCAAAGACACAACGAAGGGAACAGGACAUGACUACAAGUACGUGAAGGUUCCCAAGCAAGCGAGGCUACUAAUAGGCGACUUAGGUAGUAUAAAGGGAGGUACGUUGCAUACCUACAGUAAUAUUGAGGUCAAUAGAGGAUAG